AUGGGCAAGAAGAGACGUGGUCCCCCGCUCGAAGAGCUUCUGGCUCGUCCGUGGUGUUACUACUGCGAGCGCGACUUCGACGACCUCAAGAUUCUCAUUUCGCACCAGAAGGCCAAGCACUUCAAGUGCGACCGAUGCCCACGCCGAUUGAAUACAGCAGGAGGCCUAUCCGUCCAUCUGAGUCAAGUCCACAAGGAGCAGUUGACUGAAGUGGAAAAUGCGCUUCCCAACCGAAUGGGUCUGGAUGUUGAAAUCUUUGGCAUGGAGGGUAUCCCCGAUGAUGUGCUCAAGGCUCACCAGCAGCGUGUUGCCAUGCAAUUCCAGCAGGCCGAGGUGGAGCGACAAGCCGUGACUGGAAACCCUCCCUCUGGCGCUUCCGCUAACGGACAGCCGGCCAAGAAGCCUAAGCUCGAAGCUGCUUCAGAUCUCAAGAAGCGAUUGGCUGAACACAGGGCCAAACGCGCUGAGGCACUCGCUGGUGGUAGCAGCGGCGAUGUAACCCCCACUAGUGCUGGACAGUCGGCCACUCCAACUGGAUUCUCGCAACCUCCUCAGGCCACUGCCUCUCCCACUCCGGAUCAGCAACAUUCUUUCCCUCCGGCGUUUGGUGGUGCUGCCGCUCCCGCCUUUUCCUAUCCCCAGACCCACGCCGCUCAAUUCCAACCAUAUGCUGCCAAUGGAAGCCCAGCACCCGAGCUGGCUGGUCUGCCUCAGAAUUUCGUGCCCACCGGUUACCCCCAGCCGUUCGCCGCGAUUCCCGGACAGCCAACAACAACUUAUGGGGCUCCCCCAUCCUUCCCUCAGCAACACACACUUCCCGAACAACGACCGAGUGGCUUGCCAGUUGGUUUGCCAGUUGCGUCGAACCUUCCACAGCGUCCUUCCUUUGGUGCACCUACAGUCAACGCACACCAAAUGCAACAGAUGCACAUGGGCCAUGUCCCACAUUCACAGACACCUCCAGCUCACGGAGCAGAUGGAAAUGUCUUCUCCCAGUCUGUUGACGAUUUGAUUUCAGGAGCAGCGAAUGCCGCAACGGCCCCCAAACCGGUGGAGGUUGCUGAAAAGCCAGCCAAGAAGGACAAGUCGAAGCCAUCCGGACACAUGAUUUACUCCCAUGAUACUAUCAGUCCAGAGGAGAGAAUGGCCGAGCUUCCCCGAUAUGCAUUUGUUCCCGACCACGCCACUGAAACCGCCCUCGGUGAGGUUCCCGCCGCCGCAGUUGUCGGGGCCGUUCAAACUUCCGACACAGUGAUGGACCCGGCUCAAUAG